AUGGCUGUCCCGUCCGUCGGCAGCCAGGUGCGCUUCGUGUACCGGUCAACUUUCAUCGACGAAGAGAAAGACUUCGCAGAUGAGAGCAGUCGCAAACGAUGCCAGAGCUUGCCACCGAUAAAGACUGGCUUGGAAACGGCGACGGAGGUAGUGACGAACGAGACAGCCUUGAGUGGCUACGUUGAAGAGCUGGUCCAAAGCGCACAGCACCUUGGCAAGGCAGAAGCGCAAGCGGGACCAGCCGUUGAGACUUCUUCCCAGGUGAUCACGUCCAGCACCUCUGCUCAAGGCCCGCCGAGUCUGGGAAGUCGAGGGCAUCCGCAGCUGUGCAAGCGGCCUUGCAUCUUUUCCGUGGGCUCCUGCUCAUCCGGAAGCUCCUGCUCCUACUGUCACCAUUCGCACCCGGAUAAGACAGCGAAGUUGGACAAGAGCCAGCGCAAGAGGUUUGCAGAGUUGGAUAUCGGCAUCGCUCUUUUGCUGCUCCACGAUCUGAUGCGCACAAAGGCUCUGGAGAAUGGGUUCUCGGAGGAAGCGGUCUGUCUUCUCUCGCUUGUGGAGGAAGAAGCUCGAGCUCAGAACCCUGGAGUAAACUGGGCCGAGGAGGUGAUUUCGCACCGGCGAUUGCAGCGUGCUGGGAAUGAGAGCAACAGCUCCACCGCGAUGGUCCUCAACAGGAUGCCCUUCCAUCAGCUGGCAGUCCUCGCUGGCACGAAAUCUGGCAACCCAGCCUUCGCCAAGGAACUUCAGGCGCUCGUCGACACACUCAGCGAAAGAGUUGAAGCGCUCCAAGGUGCGGGCAAUCCUCAAGGUGCGUGA